AUGGAAGAGCAGAAGGAUGGGGCUGAGCCCGAGGGGAACAGCCUGCCCCCAACAUCACCUGGGACUGAGAGGAGCCCCCCAGCGCCCUUCCCAACCCUGCUACCCUCGUUCCUGGGCACCCCAGAUCCAGCCCACCUGGGGCUCCCCGAGAGCCUUGCCUCUGUCACUGUCCCCAUCCGGCUGGACGCCCUCUCCUACCUCCUGCACAGCGCCCUGCUGGGGGCCUACAGCCUUCAACAGUCCCUGCCCUCUUGCCCCUGCUCUCCCGAGGCCUGCUGCACCCAGCCUGGGCCAGCCAAGAGGCCAUCCUGGAGGCGUGGGGGGUGCCAAGUCCAGCACAGGCCGGGCCAGGGCCGGGGCCAGCGGCAGUGGGGAUGUGGAAGAGCCGGGCAGCCCAAGAGGGGCUGGGCGAGGGGCUCUGAGGCCGGCCCUAAGGCCCCACUGAUGACGUCACCACCAGCACCACCAGCACCACCACUGCCGUCACCUGCUCAGGACGGGAGAAAGGAAGUCCGAGGUCGGGAAGCAGCCCUGGGCGCGCCUCCUGGUGCUGAGGACUGGGAGUCUGAAUACUAA